UUGGCUUUCACUUGUUUUUCGGAGACGUUGCCACGGAACAAAACCCGCUGUGCUUUGUGGGUGAUCUUAGGAGCCCUCGCUAAGCUGAUCAGCUGUUUCUUUGUUAGAAGAUGCGCUUGGUCAAGGUCAUGUUUAUGCGUGCGACGAUGAGGACUGGACACAAAAGAACUAAAACCAUUUCCGCUCUUCUUUGUUUUGGAAAUAUAAUUAUGUCUUCUCCUAUGUUUCCUAAAUUUUGUUGGCGUCGCCUGCUACCAGCUGAUCGAUGAACCUGCGGUAAUUCUGUGCUUAAAAUGACGUUGGAUAUUUUAAAUAAUAUGAAGGAAUGGAGCGAUCAGAGCGACUGCUCAGAGGGUGACUAUGAUGAAGAAACAGAGCUGUUUGAACAGGAGACCAAUGAGUUUAUGAAAGAUUUUGUAGCAAGAAUAUUUCUAGAAGAAAGUGCUAUUUCUCAGGAAGACAAGCUCAAGUUUGGAAUCCUAAAUCAGCAUAGAGCAGGGCGUCUUUCCUUUUCCAAACAUGUUGACAACCAGAGAGUAUAUUGCAAGAGUGUUCCUGAGACCAUCUUCUUCAGACUUAUACAGUACUUUGCAAUUGUUUUAUUUGAAUGUAACCAAGCUGACGAUUUUGAGCCUGCCAAGAUUUUAAUGAACAUGUGUUUUACAUUUUUCCUUCAAAUCAACAAAGAUGGAGAAGAAGUUGGGAAGCAGUUUAUUGUUCCAUACCUAAGAGAUCAACCGAUUUGGAAGUCACUUCGGUUCUGGAACGCAGCUUUUUUCGAUGCUGUGCAUGGAGAACGGGAAGUUCCUGUCAUACCAAGUGAUACGUGGCAGAGUUGGUCUGUGCAGGAACAAAGUGAAUAUGAAGAAUGUGAUAAAAACAGUGUCUUUGGUAAACUAGGGACGUUUCUUAAUAACAUGAAGGCGUUUGGUCUCGGAAAUGACAUAUGUAAGGAAUUUCUUCACAAAAUGAGUACCAUUGGAGACUUAAGUGAAGAACAAAUUAAACUUUUGGAGGAUAGUAUGGCUGCAGCUGAUGUUGACGAGCGAACGCGGUAGUCAGUCAGUUGCUUGAGAAGGGAAUAUAGAAGAACCCAGUUUUUCUCAAUUCUUACUUCAUCCAUGACAUCGGCGGCAUUUGUGAUCAUUUUAAUACUAAAAGUAUCUACUAAGUCAUGUAUCAAUAUCUGUAAUAUUUUCCUCUAAAAUUACUCACUCGCUUACCCCGCUGACCAGUUUUACUCGGAAACUUUUAGGACCCCCACACUGUUAGUUGAGGGUUUAGAGAGCGAAUUGCUUUUUAGACAUUUAGUUUGAUGUUUCCACAAUUUCUGGUCUGUAACAGAAAAUUUACUUCUAGUGUUUGACUCAAUUGUAAGGUAUUUUUAACUCGUAAACAUAUCUUGGGCUUAACUGGUAAAUACCUUCGUAGAGGAGAUCUUUAAAACUAGCCUUUGUUGGCGAUCUUACACAUUUAUUAUUUUUAGUACGAUAAACUUCUGCGAAGAAGCCUUUUAAGAUUUUAGUAUUUUUAUGAGAUAAAAGUUUCUUUGUAUCCCGCUUUUUAAUAAGGACAGACGAAAUAAGCUCCGAGAUUUUAAAGAAUGUUCCAUGUGAGUCCACAAAAUGAAUUUUAUUUAAUUUGCAAGCGUAUUUUGUUGUGGUGAACUGUAUUGGUUUCGAAUGCAGUUAAAUAACUUGAGCAGUCUCUUAAAUUUCGGUUCCGAUUUCUCAUUAUAAACGAGGCCCAGGCCUUUCCCAUACAUAUUUAACAUUAUUUAUCGUCCAAAAAAACAGAUUUGUGUAUAAGUCUUAUAGACUGAAGGACUUUUAACUAAAUGAAUCUUCUUUCCUUUUAACUGAAAGACAAUUGACGCAGUAACUUCUUGUAAAUGUUACAGCAAGAUAUUUCAAAAGCUGUUUGUUAAAUUAUUUAAUUUUCCAAGUCCAUGGCAACAGUAGUUUGUAUUUAAAGGGUUUUAACAACGCCAUUUUAAAAAUGGCGAUAAAAUAAUAUUUCUCAAA